AGUAGGGCAAAAAGUGAAUGAAUGGAAGCAAUAAAAGAGCAAAUGCUGCAACGCGCAUAAAGGAUUUAUCAAAACAUAAUUAAAGACUUGUGUAUUUUAGUAUUACGUCUGUAAUCCGUCGUGAGUGCGGAGCCCAGUGUUUCGAGUGUGCUAGUUUGGAAACCCGUGCAAGAUGGCUGCCAUGGCCAGCGGACGACCACGCGAGCGUCUGCUCUAUGCCUUCCGUGGAUGGAUAGCCUUUGUGGCCUUCAUGGACCUGGGCACGGCAUUUCGUAGUUAUAUCGAGCGGCGGAGCUUCCUGGGCGAUCACAGCGACACGCAGUUCAUCGAAGGGGACUACACCAUAUCCCGUAUCAUUGGCAUGUACUGCCUGCUCAAGGCGAUUGCACUGGUCCACUGCACCCUCUACAUACACUACAGACCGGUCGUAAGCAUGGGCGGCUGUUCCUUGGCCCUCACCAUGGUCUUCUAUGCCACUGAGGCUCUCUACUUUCGCUCAAGCACACUCAACUUCUACGUGAUCUUCCCCUGCGUACUGAAUUCUAUUACACUCUUGGGACUGAUUUACAUACCCAGACGACUGCGCCUAUGGGAGCCCAAUAUGGAUCUGGAUGAUGAAAACUCACAGUUGCUAAAGCAGAUGACGGGCUUCAAGCGAAGGCGUACGAAAAAGCAAUAAUUUCAUGUUUAACAUGGACUAUAAUUACACGAAGGAAACCAACCCAAUUGGGGUUCCCAUGAGAACAGUAUUGUGGAGGUCGCGGAGAGAGAAUCGCAUAUUAUCCGCAUUGGACUGCAUUGGUGUGAUA